AUGGACCUGCUCACAUCCACACCAGGCCUUGCAAGAAAUAUUCUCUUCCGCAUCCUCUCUUUCUGCGUUAUCGUCUUCGCCAUCAGAUUUGCAUACACUGUCACAAUCAAAGGUGUAUCGUGCGAUUCCGGUGACUUCUGCUUCUUCCCCAAGAGAAUCGGACCCGGCGUCCGAGACCGAGUUAUUCCAUCCACACCCGUGUCCAUAAGUAGAGCAGUCCCUCUCCCUGACGUCUGGACCACCAAGAGGUACCGCAAGGCCUUGGGUUACUACUCAUCCAUCUUUCGUGACCUGAUCUCCGAGGGUUAUCUAUCGCCUAAUUCGAAGUCUCUCUGCAUCGGAACCCUAAUUGGCGAGGACGUGGAAGCGUUGAGAGAGAUUGGCGUCAAGGAUUCAAUUGGCCUGGCCAAGAAAGCGUCUCCGCCGUUGAUUCUGGGAGGAUUGGGGGCACAUAGCCAGCCGUUCGAUGAAAACACCUUCGAUUUCGAGUUUUCAGGGAACGGCGUGGUUGAACAGUCAAGAAAUCCUGUCCAAUUUGCGUCGGAGAUCAGCCGGAUGCUCAAACCCGGCGGGUUCCUGGUGGUCCACACGAAGGCAAAAGAUGCGUAUAGUUUGCACUCUUUCCUCAAUUUGUUUAAUUGCUGUAGAUUGGUUAAAUCACGCGAAAUGGAUGGUCUUGAUUCUUCCAUCAUCAGAGAGAUCAUACUGAGAAAAGAGCUGGAGAUGAAUUCAUUUCAAAAUGGCAGUAGAGGUACUAAAUGCUCAAUUCCUGGGUAUAAACGUGAAAUAAUCAAGAAAGCUGAGCCUUUCAUCGAAGAAGAACCACUGAAACCAUGGAUUACAUUGAAAAGAAACAUAAAGAACUUUAAGUACUUGACUUCAAAGGUGGAUAUUACCUUCAAAAAUAGAUACAUAUACAUAGAUGUGGGAGCAAGAAAUUAUGGUUCAAGCAUAGGAAAUUGGUUCAAGAAGCAAUACCCAAAGCAGAACAAAAGCUUUGAAAUUUAUGCAAUUGAGGCUGACCAAGCAUUUCAUGAGGAGUACAGGACGAAAAAGGGUGUAACCCUUUUGCCCUUUGCUGCAUGGGUGAGGAAUGAGACCUUGUUCUUUGAGAUCACAAGGAAUCCUGGAAAGAAAUUUGAAGAGAAAAGUAGAGGAAUGGGCAGGAUUCAGCAAGUGCAAUCGUCUGCAAAUUACAUGGCUGAUAUAGAGAAGAUUCAAGGGUUUGAUUUUGCAGAAUGGUUGAAAAAGGAGUUUACAGAGAGUGAUUUUAUUGUGAUGAAAAUGGAUGUGGACGCGACUGAGUUUCAUUUGAUUCCGAGGUUGGUUGAGACCAGGGCAAUUUGUUUGAUUGACGAGAUGUUCUUGGAGUGUCAUUAUAAUAGAUGGCAGAGAUGCUGUCCAGGGCAGAGGAGAACUAAGUACCAGAAGACGUAUUCUCAAUGCUUGGAUCUUCUUAGGUCUCUAAGAGAGAUUGGAGUUCUAGUCCAUCAAUGGUGGUGAUUGGUAACAUGUCUAUAUGGUUUUCCCUUUUUUCUGUCGUUUUUCUGGUUGUACA